GAAACAGGCAGAAGAACGAGGAGAUCCUGACUGCCGCGUUCCCAGAGAUGGAGAGCUGGGUCAGAGAAUGUGGACUGGAGACCAGUUCCCAGGCCGGGGCACUGGCCGAAGGCUUCCUCCUGAGCCAGGCGGAGCACGUGAAGCAGGAGGAGCAGUCUCAGGGACCGUCGGAAAGAGAGGAGGAGACUCCAGCAGUCCCUUGGCAGAAGUUACUCUCUUAUGAGGUGAAGCAAGAGACAGAUGGAGGUGCCACUUCGCUGGGACUUGUGAUUCCCAAACCUGAGUGUGCCUCCUGGCUGGACGAAGGGGAAGAUCCGUUCAUACAGGUCUCUGAGGAGGGAGAGAAAUUGGCAGAGAAGAAGAGCAGCGAAGAACAGCAAAGAGGGUACAUGGAAGGAAAACAGAAGUGGAGGAAGGAAUCCACUCGUCCCGAAGGUGCCGACUGCCAUGAAAUCACAGUGCAAGAAGCAAGUCACAGAGGAAACAAAAGGAUUACGUUCCCUGUGUGUGCAAACGUCUUAGCUGGCACACCAUAUCUGAGCACACAACAGAGAAUGCCGGAUGGGGAGGAGCUGUCACAAGGGUCAGAGAGUACGGAAAAUGUCAGUCUGAGGGGAAACUUGAUUUUACACAAAAGAUGGCGCACAGAGGAGAAGCCUCACAAACACUCAGAGUGCGGAAAGCUAUCCAGGCAGAAUGUCCACCUUGUUGCACAUAAAAGAGGACACCGUGGUGAAAAACCAUAUGAAUGCUCGGAGUGUGGGAAAAGCUUUAGUCAGAGAGCAGUUCUUUCCUCCCACCAAAGAAUCCACACAGGGGAGAAACCAUAUAACUGCUCUGAAUGUGGAAAGAACUUCAGUCAUAACUCAGGCCUCGCAUCACAUCAAAGGAUCCAUACAGGGGAGAAACCAUACAAGUGCUCAGACUGUGGGAGAAGCUUCAGUCACAGCUCAGGCCUUGUUUACCAUCAAAGAAUCCACACAGGGGAGAAACCAUAUAACUGCUCUGAAUGUGGAAAAAGCUUCAGUAGGAAGGAGGACCUUACUUGUCACCAAAGACUGCAUACAGGAGAAAAACCGUAUCAGUGCUCUGACUGUGGAAAGAGCUUCAGAGAAAGCAGAAAACUUGCUUCCCAUCGCAGAAUCCACACAGGAGAGAAGCCAUAUAAGUGUUCAGAGUGUGAGAAGAGCUUCAGUCACCGUUCAGGCCUUGUUUACCAUAAAAAAAUUCAUACAGGUGAGAAGCUGUAUACAUGCUCUGACUGUGGGAAAAGCUUCAGUUCCAGCUCAGGUCUUGUGUAUCAUCAAAGAAUUCACACAGGAGAGAAACCAUAUGCCUGCUGUGAAUGUGGAAAGAGUUUCAGUUGCAGAUCAGGCCUUGCUUACCAUCAAAGAAUCCACACAGGAGAGAAACCAUAUCAAUGUUCAGAGUGUGGAAGGCGUUUCAGUUACCGCUCAAGCUUUACUUACCAUCAAAGAAUCCACACAGGAGAGAAACCAUAUAAAUGCUCAGUGUGUGGAAAGUGCUUCAGUCAGAAUGCAGGUCUUGCUUACCAUCGAAGAAUGCACACUGGUGAGAAACCACAUAAAUGCCUAGAGUGUGGGAAAAGCUUCAGUCUCAGCUCAGGCCUUGCUUCCCAUCAAAGAAUCCACACCGGGGAGAAACCAUAUACAUGCUCAGAAUGUGGGAAAAGCUUCAGUCAGGAACAGCAUCUUACUUCUCAUCACAGAAUCCACACAGGAGAGAAACCAUAUAAAUGUUCAGAGUGUGGUAAGGGCUUCAGAGAGAGUGGAAAACUUGCUUCUCAUAAAAGAAUCCACACAGGGGAGAAGCCAUAUAGCUGUUCAGAGUGUGGAAAGAGCUUUGGUCACCACUCAGGACUUGCUUACCAUCAAAGAAGCCACACGGGGGAGAAACCAUACAGCUGUUCAGAGUGUGGAAAGAGCUUCCGUCACAGCUCUGGUCUUGUUUAUCAUCAAAGAAUCCACACAGGGGAGAAACCAUACCAGUGCUCUGAGUGUGGGAAAGCCUUCAUUCGGAAAGAGCACCUUACUUCCCACCAAAGAAUCCACACAGGCGAGAAGCCAUAUAAAUGUUCUGAAUGUGGAAAGGGCUUUGGGCACCGUAAGAGUCUUACUUCCCAUCAAAGAAUCCACACAGGAGAGAAGCCCUAUAAAUGCUCUGAGUGUGGAAAGGGUUUCAGUCGGAGCACGUACCUUAAUUCACAUCAAAGAACCCACAUGGCAGCAGUUAUUCAAUAAAAACAAACACAGGAAGUCCU